CUGUUUGUACUCCGUUGUGUAUGCCCCGGGACUUAAAUUGUGAAGUGGUGUGGUAAAGCCGUGAAGGUGAAGUCGGGAAAAUCAAAAACAAGACGGAUUGGGUUGAACCUUCUUUUUCGCCUCUUCCUCUCUUCCGCAGACAACGAUAGGUGGCUGUGAUGGGCUUAUACAGCACUGACAUCUGCGUACUCUUGUUGUGCUAAGACAUAAACAGUCCGGGAGAAUACAAAGAAGACCAGAGAACAAACAUUGAGCCAUGAACAAAAGCAUCGCAGAUGACUACUUCUCGAUGACCCACGGUCCCCGAGAUGGAGCAUUGAGCCCGCUGACCUCAGGAACACCGGGAUCGAACCCGUUGCACCUGACGCUAUCUUGGGGUAACACCCCGGAGAAUGAAGGGCUUUCGAGAGUGAAAUCACACACCGGUGCUGUGACCUACAAGAGCACGGUGGUCUCGAAAUCUCAAUCGGAUAACAAGAUUUACCCCUACCACACGGUCCACUUGACUGUACCUGUGCCAUCAAAACUAAGGCCACUGUCUCCUGAGGACGUGCUAAGAAGAGUGACAGGAAAAUGCAUGACAUGCUCAGGGGUGAGCACGUCGAUAUGCACACACUCACCUGCAGAAGAGGACGGCAGUACUGAUGCUGCUGUCGUUGCCGCUGUCGUUGGAGAAAGUGCCGGGGCCCCUGCCAUCCCGGUGGCUUCGGCGAGCAGAUCCAGAAGGGUCAUCAAGCCGAAGUCCAUUUUGUCCAAAAAGGAGGCAGGAUCGACAUCGAUAGAGUCACGUUUCGCAAACUCCGUCAGUUUCGAUACGGUCAAUCUAAAGUUCUCUGAUGAUUUGAACAACUACCCAUUAUCUGCCUUCAGCGACAGUGAUGACGACGAAUACGAUGGAGGCAACCUUUCUCCAGUGAAGCAAAGCGGCGUUUCAGCUGACGACUUAAAUCGUGGAAGAUCAAAAAUGGAAGUGCCAAGCAGAAGAACGUCUUCCAGAUCACCUAGCCGUAGUCUGAGCCCGAGGGCUAGGUCGCCGAUGUCUUCACAGCUCGAUAUGAUCUCCCAAAAGGAGGAGAGUAUGAAGGGCUUUUUCUCGCUCAAAUACCCAACCAGCCCUAUAAUCACCCAUGAUGCAUGCACGUUAACGAGAACACACAAGUUAUUUGAUGAUAUGUAUGCGGGAAGACUCAAGUACGUGACGCCGAAACUACACAACCGGGUGAUUAUGUGCUACAUCAGUGGAAGAAGACAUACAUGGGUCAGCGUGGACUGGGCUGCGAAUCAACUGCUAGAGGACGGAGACACGUUGGUGGUUGUUGCGUCGAUCAAGAAUCCUAGCCGAUCGCUUUCACGUUUCCAGCGGAGAAACAGUGAUGCUUUUGUUACUAGUAACAUUACCGAAAACCGGAUCCGGAAUUCUCCCGAGUAUGCACAGGCGGCGACUGAAAAUGUGAUGAAAUACAUACUUUCGAUUAUCAAUCCAGAGAGGAUUGUGAAAGUGACUGUCGAAUUGGCAAUAGGAUCGACCGGGGACGUUUUCAAGGACAUGUUUGAGCUAUACCAACCUUCGCUGGUGAUAGUGGGAGCCAAACCAGGCCGUGCUGCGCCAACGAAGUCGUGGGCAACAAAGAGAAUUUCAGACAGAAUUGUUAAAACCUCUCCUGUACCUACCAUCAUCGUUUCACCAAUAAACAUGGGCUUAUACGAGACAAAAUUCUUCAAGCUUUUGGACAAGCGGAUGGCUUUCAUAGAUGGGAACAAUCAAAACACCUAUCGUGAGAAUCACGAUCUUUUGAACGAAAUUGACAAUGCUGGAGUAUACAAUCUAGAAGACCAGCGGGAAUAUAUCAGGAAAACGGCGUCCAAUGACGACUACAUACUGAAAGAGCUGAAUGCAAUAGUGAAGGAGAAAGAGGCAUCAGGGAACCAGGACGUCGACUUAAGUGACGAUGGAGACGCUGAAAGCGUGUCAAGUUCGUCCGAUUCUGGCAGCGUGGGCGAUGUAGAGAGCAGGCUGGACGACAGUGACCGAGCACUAGACGAUUCAUCGGUCGACUCGACCAACCCUCCUGCAUUUGUCGUGAAUACCAACAACACUGCGUCGUUCAAGUUGAAAAGGCUCGAGUUGGAGACGCAGGUAGUCAUCUACAAGGAAAUGGCCAAGUUGGAGUCGGAACCGCUAGCGAAGGACUCCUUCAAGCACUUGCUCACUGUUGUUUCGGAUGCGGCGUACAAGUACGGGGUCCAGUUGGCUGAAUCUGCGAAGCUGGGCGGCGAGGAGUCGCAGUUGGUACGCACUCUCACAGGUGCCCCGGAGCAGCUCGAGAGGAGGAAGAGCAUGGUCACAGAGGCUUUGGAUCACGACGACUUUGACGAGAAGUUGAAGCGGUUCAGACAGCAGAAGAAGCUCGAGAAGCAGCAGAUGAUGGCUGGCGGGAAGAAGAAGCCCUCCAUCAAGGCGCCAAAGAUCAACAUCGAGACGCCAGGUGCUGCCAAGGGUGGUUUUGGGUUGAGGCCACCGAAAAGCCCGAUCUCCAUCGUCAGCAACGGCUCGUCGUCGUCCUCGAUCGGGUCGACCAUCGACUCGCCGCUGAACACGGCCAAGGAGGAAAAGAAGAAGAAGAAGAAAAGUCUUUUUGGGCUUUUUGGCAAGAAAUGACCAGGUUGUCCAUAAGUAGCAUAGACAAUUAAUCUGUACGUAGAGACUUUAUAGAAGAGGCUGGAUGUUGGCGUGCACGGUGCAGGCAUCGCCGAGCUUUAAUCGACCGAAAUAACUGCCGGGGGGCAGGGAAAACGUGAA